CAGGAGCCAGCUCUUCUGAGUGGCUCCCAGCCUCUGCUUGAAUACCACAAGUGACAGAGAGCUCAUUUCUAUCUUUUGACACUUUCAAUCAUUAGAAAGUUUCUUCUUACACUGAGGCAGAGGGAUGGAGGCCCUGACCCUCCACUACUCACCUCAUGACCUCAGUCUACCAUGAGCCUCUCCUCCUCACCUGCCUCACCCUGCCCCUUCCAGCCAUCCCAACGAUGACAAGGACAGUGGCUUCUUUCCCCGAAACCCAUCGAGCUCCAGCAUGAACUCGGUUCUGGGGAAUCAUCACCCAACCCCCAGCCAUGGUCCUGAUGGGGCAGUGCCUACCAUGGCUGAUGACCUGGGGGAGCCAGCCCCACUCUGGCCACAUGACCCUGACGCCAAGGAGAAGCCCCUCCACAUGCCUGGGGGAGAUGGUCACCGGGGGAAAAGCCUGAAGCUGCUGGAGAAGAUCCCUGAAGAUGCUGAGGCCACCGUUGUGCUUGUGGGUUGUGUGCCUUUCUUGGAGCAGCCUGCAGCAGCCUUUGUGCGGCUGAAUGAGGCUGUACUCCUGGAGUCUGUGCUUGAGGUCCCUGUCCCGGUCCGCUUCCUCUUCGUGAUGCUGGGGCCCAGCCACACCAGCACUGACUAUCACGAGCUUGGGCGCUCCAUUGCCACCCUUAUGUCUGACAAGCUGUUUCAUGAGGCUGCCUACCAGGCAGACGACCGGCAAGACCUCCUGAGCGCCAUCAGCGAGUUCCUGGAUGGCAGCAUUGUGAUCCCCCCGUCCGAGGUGGAGGGCCGCGACCUGCUACGCUCCGUGGCUGCCUUCCAGCGAGAGCUGCUUAGGAAGCGGCGGGAGCGUGAACAGACCAAAGUUGAGAUGACCACACGGGGUGGCUACACGGCCCCUGGGAAAGAACUGUCUUUGGAGUUGGGGGGCUCCGAGGCGACCCCUGAAGAUGACCCCUUGCUGCGGACGGGCUCGGUAUUUGGGGGGCUCGUGCGGGAUGUGAGGCGCCGGUACCCGCACUACCCCAGUGACCUGCGAGAUGCGCUGCACUCCCAGUGUGUGGCCGCUGUGCUCUUCAUCUACUUCGCAGCCCUCAGCCCUGCUAUCACCUUCGGGGGGCUGCUGGGAGAGAAGACCGAGGGACUGAUGGGUGUGUCUGAGCUGAUCGUGUCCACCGCUGUGCUCGGCGUCCUCUUCUCUCUGCUGGGGGCUCAGCCCCUGCUCGUGGUUGGCUUCUCUGGGCCGCUGCUUGUGUUUGAGGAAGCCUUCUUCAAGUUCUGCCGAGCCCAGGACCUGGAGUACCUCACUGGCCGGGUGUGGGUUGGCCUCUGGCUGGUGGUCUUCGUCCUUGCCCUAGUGGCCGCUGAAGGCAGCUUCCUGGUCCGCUACAUCUCGCCUUUCACCCAGGAGAUCUUUGCCUUCCUCAUCUCACUCAUUUUCAUCUACGAGACCUUCUACAAGCUCUACAAGGUGGAGGUCCAGAGAGGUCUUAGGGGUGGCAGAGAUGGGGGUGGACGUUGCCCUGGGGAGGACAGCAUGGGAGGGGGAGGGUCCUGGCCUUCUCAUUGCCCCCAGCUGUUUCAUGAGGCUGCCUACCAGGCAGACGACCGGCAAGACCUCCUGAGCGCCAUCAGCGAGUUCCUGGAUGGCAGCAUUGUGAUCCCCCCGUCCGAGGUGGAGGGCCGCGACCUGCUACGCUCCGUGGCUGCCUUCCAGCGAGAGCUGCUUAGGAAGCGGCGGGAGCGUGAACAGACCAAAGUUGAGAUGACCACACGGGGUGGCUACACGGCCCCUGGGAAAGAACUGUCUUUGGAGUUGGGGGGCUCCGAGGCGACCCCUGAAGAUGACCCCUUGCUGCGGACGGGCUCGGUAUUUGGGGGGCUCGUGCGGGAUGUGAGGCGCCGGUACCCGCACUACCCCAGUGACCUGCGAGAUGCGCUGCACUCCCAGUGUGUGGCCGCUGUGCUCUUCAUCUACUUCGCAGCCCUCAGCCCUGCUAUCACCUUCGGGGGGCUGCUGGGAGAGAAGACCGAGGGACUGAUGGGUGUGUCUGAGCUGAUCGUGUCCACCGCUGUGCUCGGCGUCCUCUUCUCUCUGCUGGGGGCUCAGCCCCUGCUCGUGGUUGGCUUCUCUGGGCCGCUGCUUGUGUUUGAGGAAGCCUUCUUCAAGUUCUGCCGAGCCCAGGACCUGGAGUACCUCACUGGCCGGGUGUGGGUUGGCCUCUGGCUGGUGGUCUUCGUCCUUGCCCUAGUGGCCGCUGAAGGCAGCUUCCUGGUCCGCUACAUCUCGCCUUUCACCCAGGAGAUCUUUGCCUUCCUCAUCUCACUCAUUUUCAUCUACGAGACCUUCUACAAGCUCUACAAGGUGUUCACAGAGCACCCACUGCUGCCAUUCUACCCCCCUGAGGGGGCCCUGGAGGGGUCCCUGGAUGCUGGUCUGGAGCCGAAUGGCAGUGCCCUGCCCCCCACCGAGGGCCCACCCAGCCCGAGGAACCAGCCCAAUACGGCACUGCUGUCACUCAUCCUCAUGCUCGGGACCUUCUUCAUCGCCUUCUUCCUGCGCAAGUUCAGGAACAGCCGCUUCCUGGGGGGCAAGGCUCGCCGCAUCAUCGGGGACUUUGGCAUCCCUAUCUCCAUCCUGGUGAUGGUCCUGGUGGAUUACUCCAUCACAGACACCUACACGCAGAAGCUGACUGUGCCCACAGGGCUCUCAGUGACCUCUCCUGAUAAGCGCUCAUGGUUCAUCCCACCCCUGGGCAGUGCCCGUCCUUUCCCGCCCUGGAUGAUGGUGGCAGCCGCUGUCCCCGCCCUCCUCGUCCUCAUCCUGAUCUUCAUGGAGACACAGAUCACGGCGCUUAUUGUCAGCCAGAAGGCUCGGAGGCUGCUCAAGGGCUCUGGUUUCCACCUGGACCUGCUCCUCAUUGGCUCCCUUGGGGGGCUUUGUGGGCUGUUUGGGUUGCCCUGGCUCACAGCUGCCACGGUCCGCUCUGUCACCCACGUCAAUGCGUUGACAGUGAUGCGUACUGCCAUCGCGCCUGGUGACAAGCCCCAGAUCCAGGAGGUGCGGGAGCAGCGGGUCACUGGUGUGCUCAUCGCCAGCCUCGUGGGCUUGUCCAUCGUCAUGGGGGCUGUGCUGCGUCGGAUCCCAUUGGCUGUGCUCUUUGGGAUCUUCCUGUACAUGGGGGUCACGUCCCUGUCUGGUAUCCAGCUGUCCCAGCGUCUGUUGCUCAUCCUCAUGCCAGCAAAGCACCAUCCUGAGCAGCCCUAUGUGACCAAGGUGAAGACGUGGCGGAUGCACCUGUUCACCUGCAUCCAGCUGGGCUGCAUCGCACUGCUGUGGGUGGUCAAGUCCACGGCGGCCUCACUCGCCUUUCCCUUCCUGCUGCUGCUCACGGUGCCUCUGAGGCAUUGCCUUCUGCCCCGGCUCUUCCAGGACAGGGAGCUGCAGGCGCUGGACUCGGAAGAUGCUGAACCAAACUUCGAUGAGGAUGGCCAGGAUGAGUACAAUGAGCUGCACAUGCCAGUGUGACCCUGGAAGACAGUGUCCCUCAGAGACCCCAAGACCUUAGGGAUUGACAUCUGGGCCUCAGGUAGAGCCCAGCCCCGGGCCGGGGGGCUCCUCAGGACCCAGAGAUGUGCCUGGAACCACUCCUGAUGCCAUGGCUAGAGUGGCCCCCAUGACUUCUGCCUGGGGCGUUGACCUCGCCUCACCUUUCACAGACCAGACCGGCACAGGCUUUGAGCUCAUUAUAACCACACUCCUUGUCUCGUGUCUGCCUCA